AUGGGCACGAACGCCGGAGACAGAUUUGUGGCGGCGCUGGACAGGUUCCCAUCUGAGUGGGAAGGCCACGUUGGAUGCUGUUCUUGCGUGGCGGGCCCAUCGAACGAGUCGCUGAUCGGCAGGCGUUGUGGACACGAGAUGGGAUGGGGGCAGAAGCUUGCCUUGUUUGUCGGAGCACGGUCAAAGUCCAGGACUUCGUCAGCUGCCCAGCCUCUGAAAAGGGCAGGCUGGUUUAGAAUCUCAGGCUGGCUUCCUGGCUGGAAUCAACAGAUGAGAGAAGGGAAAUGCAUGUGGGAAUAA